CAGCGGCGUAAGAAAAGAAAGGGGAUGAAAGGAGAGGGAAUUCAUUCAUUCAUCCAUUCAUACAAGCAAGAACAGAAGCGCUUCCUCUGGAGGGAAAGGAGAAAAUUCAAGAGAUGCAGAACGAGCAGAAUCCGCAGCAGCUUCAAGUAAUGUUACAGAAUUCUGGAAAUUUGAGUUUCAGUAGCAAAGAAGAUGAAGAGAUGUCCAAAUCGGCGCUUUCGGCUUUUAGGGAAAAGGAGGAGGAGAUUGAGCGGAUGAGGACUGAACUUCAGCAAAAACUUCAAGCUCGACUCGGCCGAGUCGAGGAAGAAUCAAGGCGUUUGGCCUCCAUUCGAGAGGAACUUGAAGGCAUAGAUGGAGAUCCAACGAGGAAGGAAAUUGGACAAAUCCGUAAGAGAAUUGAUACGCUAAACAAGGAAUUAAAGCCUCUUGGACAAAUAUGCCAAAAGAAGGAGAAAGAGUACAAAGAUGCCCUCGAUGCUUUCAAUGAAAAGAACAACGAGAAAGUACAGUGUAUAUCAAAACUAAUGGAGAUGGUUGGUGAAAGUGAAAGGGUGAGGCUGAAGAGGUUGGAAGAACUGAGUAAGCAUGUGGAUAACAACCCUUCCUAAUUCAAUUCCCCUAAAUUAAUUCCCCUGUUUCUGUUUUUGUUAGUUUUCUUCAUUCUUAAACUUUUAAUUUGUUUAUGUCUGUUUGAGUGAUUUGUUUCUCUUUUGAUUUCAUUUAGGGUGGCUCACAUAUAUAUGUAUGUAUGUAUGUAUUGCUUUUAACCAUACUAUAUAUAUAUAAUCUUUUCAUUUCCUA